CGGGGCCGGAGCUGCUGAGGGGAAUUGGCUGGCGGCUUGGUACCCUGGCCCCUGUUCCCAGGCCUCGGGAGAACGCCAGGCUGCGGGGAGCCUCGGCCUGGGGAGGCGGGUAGGACGGAGCCAGAGACCCGGAACUCGCGCCUUGUGCAGAGUGGACGCCGACAGUGCCAUCGGAAAGUUAUUGCAGGGAGGUGACAAGAUCACAUUUUGAGAAGAAGCUGGAAAGAAGCCCAAGUGGAUUAAGAAGCCCCGGAUGAGGACAGGAUCUCUGGGGAGAAACUCUAAGGUAUGAUGAGUACCUUCUGAGUCUCAGGAUGGUGGGAAUUAGCCAGUGGAUUGCAGGCAUGUUGUGGAAGUUGCUGAUGAGAUCCCAGCCCUGCAGGCUCUGUUCUUUCAGAAAGAUGCUAUCAGCUCCAAAAUACACACCUUUUCUAGCAUCCUUCACCUAUACAACUGAUAAUCAGUCAAAUAGAGAAAAUAAAAAGACAGUAGAAAAGCUCUAUAAAUUGUCAGUUGACAUCAGGAAAAUUCGAAGAUUAAAAGGAUGGGUACUUCUGGAGGAUGAAACCUAUGUUGAAGAAAUUGCAAAUAUUUUACAACAGCUAGGUGCCGAUGAGACUGCUGUAGCCAGUAUCUUGGAACGCUGCCCAGAAGCAAUUAAAUGCAGUCCACCUGCUGUUAACACCCAGAGAGAACUCUGGCAGUCGGUUUGCAAGAACGAGAAAGAGUUAGUUAAGUUAAUAGAACAGUUUCCAGAAUCUUUCUUUACUGUUCAAGACCAGGAAAACCAGAAGCUGAAUGUCCAAUUCUUUCAAGAGUUGGGAUUCAAAAAUGUGGUCAUUAGUAGGUUUUUGACAACUGCAUCUAAUAUUUUUCACACUCGUAUUGAGAAGAAUAAGCAAAUGAUAAAUGUUCUUCAAGAGAGUUAUCUAAAUUUAGGUGGCUCUGAGGUCAACAUGAAAGUUUGGCUACUAAAAUUAUUAAGCCAAAACCCAUUUAUUUUGUUAAAUUCUUCUGCAUCUAUAAAGGAAACACUAGAAUUUCUCCAGGAGCAGGGUUUUACAAACUUUGAAAUUCUCCAACUUCUCUCCAAACUCAAAGGAUUUCUGUUUCAACUUUGCCCAAGAAGUAUACAGAACAGUAUGUCCUUCUCUAAACAUGCUUUUAAAUGUACUGAUCAUGACCUGAAGCAAUUAGUUUUGAAAUGUCCUGCCCUUUUAUAUUAUUCCGUUCCAGUUUUGGAAGAGAGAAUUCAGGGAUUAUUGAAAGAAGGAAUUUCCAUAGCUCAGAUAAGAGAGACACCAAAGGUUCUUGAAUUAACGCCACAAAUAGUACAGUACAGGGUAAGGAAACUGAAUUCCUUAGGCUAUAGAAUAAAGGAUGGAUAUCUAGCAUAUCUAAAUGGAACAAAAAAAGAGUUUGAGGCUAACUUUGGUAAAAUUCAGGCCAAAAAAGGUAGGCCAUUAUUUAAUCCUGUGGCACCACUAAAUAUUGAAGAGUAACUUGCUGACUGAUGCUUCUUUUUAUCAGUGCUGAGUAAAACCGAGUAGCAAAAACUUAAGUGAUUCAGGCAUAUUGUGGGCACCAGUAAUUUUAAGAACCUACUUAGCUUCUGAGUUGUGUUUAAAUGACCUCUAAGUAGAAAAUCUCUCACUUAGUUGCUGUACUUAAAAAUAUAAAUUGCAUUUAUUUUAAAUAAAGUUUGUAAUUUUGACCUUGA